CAUGGCUGUAAACGUAUGCCACUUUUUACCCUCUCAACUUUCUUCUUUCAUCCCGACUUGUAGACUUUUAGCUCUGAAGUCCUCAAAGGCUCGCAUCACUUGCUCAGCCAAACCACUAUCGUCUUACAUGGAAGCACGCGGAAAGUUUUUGGAAUUCCCUCACGCUUCUGCACCUAUCAGGGCUCUGAUGUUUGAUCUCGUAUCGACGGUGGAAAAUCGCCUUGACUCGCAGCUGUCCCCUUGCACUCUGCCACCUGAUGUUCAGUAUUUUGAGAACCAGAAUGGGAACGCUCAAGCCUCUCUGCAAAUCAGAUCAGGCCUGAACUCCUCCUCGAUUGAUUUCAUUCUGGGAAGUUGGAUACACUGUGAAUUGCCAACAGGAGCAUUGAACAUAACCAGCCUUUCAGCCUAUCUGAACUCUUCUACUAAUGCGCCAAAUUUCUUAAUUGAGCUUAUACAGAGUAGCCCUACAUCUUUAAUUUUCAUCCUUGAUUUGCCUCCUCGAAAGGAUCUUGUCCUAGAUCCAGACUACCUUCACACUUUCUAUGAAAGCACAAAGUUGGACACAUAUAGACAAAUGCUUGAGAAAGUCCCCGAGGUUCGACCAUACUUCUCGCCAACCCUCUACAUACGUUGCGCCGUCUCUCCGACAGCAAUUAUGGUGCGUAUAGAAACAGAGUCAGGAGAAUCAGCACGCACUGAGGAGAUUGUAAGAAGUUAUGUCGAUCCUGUUGCUAAGGAGCUGCUGGAAAUAUGGUUAAAUCAAUGUGCUUGUGCUGAAAGAGAAGUCGAGGAGACAGACAAAGCUUAUUUGGAAAAGAGGGAUAGCGUCAAUAGGAGCAAGACCAUUGAGAUUGAUCUAGCCUCAAGCUUCCCAAGAUUAUUUGGGCAAGAAGUAGCAGAUCGAGUAAUAGGAGAAAUACGGAAGGUUUAUACAGGCACAUGAGGUGCUGAGGUGGGUAGUUAGGGGAAAGAUAAUAUGGUUUCUGUUAAUUAUUUACCUUAAAUUUGGAGUAAAAUAUAUUAUAAUUCUCCCCCUUUUACAUUUAAGUUGUUUGUCAC